AGCAGCAAAAGGAUGUUAGUACAAGUUUCAAAAUUUUGCAAUCAGAAGCUUGAAAAAAAAAUAGAUAUUGUAAAAUGUGAAAGAUGCUGUUGAGCUGGAAGAAAACAAGCGAGUCUGAUAAUCAAAAAGGCAACUAUAUAACUACUGUAUUUUAUUGCUUAUGCAAGUUUGCUUUAGGAGUUCAUGGGAUGACAAGUUACUGUUACUUCAAAGAGCAUUGACUGAACUGUCAGAGAAAGACAAGAUUAUUCUUGCAUGGUGCAUGGACAGCAUGGUCAGAGAAGGGCCAGCUGAAGCUUGCAUGAAAGUUAAAAAUUGAUUCUGAUCGCAGACUACAUUACAAAUAUUUGAAAAACAAUGGAAAAUUAACUGAAGUAUUGUUCAGCAGUGUCAUUGUGAUUACAUGGGAAACAGCACACCGGUGACAGAAUUCAUACUGAUGGGGUUAACAGAGGACUCACAGUUGCAGCUGAUCCUCUUUGGGAUAUUUUCAGCUGUUUAUGCCAUCACCCUGGUAGGAAACCUAAGCAUAAUUAUCUUGAUCAGGAUCAGUCCUUCUCUCAACACACCAAUGUACUUUUUCCUUACCAGUUUAUCUUUUCUGGAUAUUUGUUACACCUCAUCUGUCACCCCAAACUUUCUAUCCAAUCUUUUAAAAGAGAAAAAAAGUAUUUCUUAUGGAGGCUGCUUUACUCAGCUUUACUUUUAUGGCACAUUUGGAACCACAGAGUGCUACCUGCUAGCAGUGAUGGCCUAUGAUCGCUAUGUGGCAAUCUGCAAUCCACUACUCUACUUGAUGAUAAUGUCCCAAAGAAAGUGUGUUCAGCUGGUAACAAUUUCCUGCAUUGCUGGAAUCAUUAAUGCUUUCAUUCAUACAAUGGCUGCAACUAGACUAUCCUUUUGUGGCCCAAACGUCAUUAACAGUUUUUAUUGUGAGGGUCCUCCUCUUGUGGCUCUUUCCUGCUCAGAUAUCAGUCUUAAUUACUUGCUGAUGUUUGUAUUUAUUGGCUUCAAUUUAAUAACAACAAAUCUGACUAUUCUCACCUCCUACACUUAUAUCUUGGUUACUAUUUUAAAGAUGCACUCUGCCAUGAGCCGUAGGAAAGCCUUCUCCACUUGUACCUCUCAUCUCAUGGUCAUCAUAAUUUUCUAUGGAUGUUUUAGCUUUAUGUAUGCACGGCCAAGCUCUAGACCAAAUUAUAACCUAGACCAAAUAGCCUCAGUGUUCUAUGUAAUGGUGACCCCCAUGCUCAACCCAUUAAUUUACAGCAUGAGGAACCAGGAGGUAAGAGGUGCUUUCAGAAAUAUCCUAAGAGGAAAAUUUCAUAUUCAAAAUAUGUGAUAGUGUGUGUGUGUGUGUGUGUAUGUGUGUGUUA